AUGACCACCAGAGCAAGGAGUGAUUCGACGGACGAUGGACCAUCUGAAGGUUCCAAGAAGCAGAGGGUUGGCGAACAUUCACCAGAGCGACCCCAGGCCAUGGAGGCAAAGUUCAAAUUUCCACUCUACGGCAAGCACAGAGACGAGCCAUGCAGCGUCGAGAUCAAUUUUUUGGACAACGACAGCCGCCCAGAACACCACUCUCGCCUUUUCCUUGAAAUCCACGGUGAGCGAGACCUACUGAAGUGGCUCGAACUCAACUGUCCCUCGGUCAAGCGCAUCUGGAUCCGCUUCCACUUCACGAGUACGGUAUACGACAACCAAACCGAAUGGGAUAUCGCGUACGCAUCGGAAGUGCUUCAGUGGUUGCGAUGGCGUUGCGAGUAUACUAUGGGAGUGGAUGUUAACGGCUGGGCCCCUCGUGACUGGGACCUCCUCUCGAAGUGUAAGAAGGUGUUCUUAAGAGAACCCCUCCGGGGUAUUCAGGCGGACGUGCUGAUCGAUCGGGAUGGGUCGACGUGGGGUCGUGAUACGGAGUACUACUCCUGGCGGCGGACUCAUGGCGAGCUCAUGCCGCUGUUGGACUUGCGAUGA